GGAAAACAGAGGGAGGGAGGAUGUUCUCCAGCAGUCAGUGACGCUUACACCAAAGCUGAUAUCAGACAAGCAAAGUCUGGACUGGCCUUUGGAAGCUUGUAGACCUGGUGCCACUGGAGGAAGUCCAGGAACUGAGAACUACAUCCAGAUUGGGUUCUAGAGGUCCCUGCAUGGCUGCAAUGUUCUCAACAGCACUGCUUGUUGUUUUGCUGACAGCUCCUGCUGGUUGUCAGGGUAACAUCUCAUCCCUGCCUGACCUGGAUGGUCCAGAACCAGAUCACGGACCAGGGACUGAGCAUCUGGUGCAGACAGUUGUGAACGAGCCGACGUCCCUUAGAGGAUCCGCAGCAGAGGAGAGGAAGCGCCCCUCGUCUUGGAGCAACUCCUCACUCCCCGUGUCUGUCCCCAGCUGCCUGCGGACCACCAACAUCAAGAGUGCCUUCAAGUACAUCAACACCAUCAUGUCCUGCCUCAUCUUCGCAGUCGGCGUCGUCGGGAACGCUACCCUGCUAAGGAUCAUCUACCAAAAUAAAAGCAUGAGAAACGGACCCAACGCUCUCAUCGGCAGCCUCGCCCUGGGGGAUCUGAUUUACGUCACCAUUGACAUUCCCAUCAACGUCUACAAGCUGUUAGCCAUGCGUUGGCCAUUUGCAGACAGCACCCUUGGUCUCUUCCUGUGCAAGAUGUUCCCCUUUCUGCAGAAAGCCUCAGUUGGUAUCACGGUCCUCAACCUGUGUGCUCUCAGUGUGGACAGGUACCGGGCAGUGGCAUCCUGGUCUCGGGUGCGGUGUACGGGCAUUCCUACAGCGACGGUGGUGGAGAUUGUGAGCAUCUGGCUGCUGUCAGCGUUUCUGGCCUUGCCGGAGGCAGUGGGCUUCAACUUGGUCACCUUCGAGUACAAGAAUGUCACCAUGACGACCUGCAUGCUGCAACCCAGAACACCUUUCAUGACAUUCUACCGGGACGCCAAAGACUGGUGGCUCUUUGGCUUCUACUUCUGCGUCCCUCUGGCUUGCUCCGCCCUCUUCUACAGCUUGAUGACCUGCGAAAUGCUGCGACACCAGAAAGGAACUCUGUGCAUUGCACCGAGUGAGCACCUGAAGCAGCGUCGGGAAGUGGCCAAAGCAGUUUUCUGCCUGGUGCUGAUCUUUGCUCUGUGCUGGUUCCCCUUACAUCUGAGUCGCCUGCUGAAGAGGAUGGCCUACAAAACCCAUGACGCACAUCGCUGUGACCUCUUGAACUUCCUGUUGGUGCUGGAUUACUUUAGCAUCAACAUGGCCACCAUCAACUCCUGCAUCAAUCCCAUCAUCCUCUACUUUGUCUCCAGGAAGUUCAAAAACUGCUUCAAGACCUGUUUGUGUUGCUGGUGCUACUCCGUCUCCGAGCUUCCCGACAAACACGACCCCUGAACCACGCUGGACCACCUGCGGGGGAGGAGAAAGGACUCAAAAUAAGCUUUUAAAUAGCAACUCGUGUUUUAUUAUGUACAAGCGUCAUAGCCUCCUCUAGCGGCUUGUAUGUGCAUUACAUGACAAAUUCUCGUUGUUGUUUUUGUCCGACGAAGCUGCUGCAAAAAAAUGUCUUUCACAUCAUUUUUUUCAAGAAUAAAGUACGGGUCGUAACUCACAUUUUAGCUGUGGUUGUUUAUCCAAUUGUUGAAUACGAUAUCUUUUUUUUAAAAAUUAUUAUUAUUCAAUGACUGUGUU